ACACCAAAAUGACAUAAAACCGAGCAGUCAAACUGAAAGUUUGUCGCUUAAAGAACGAAUAUUGCUUUUCCAAAUGAUGAAAACACACAUCUCAGAAUCAACGGAUAGUGAUGAGCAGUCUAAUUCGUCGGAUAUAUCAACCGGAUCUGAAAAUUGUAGCCCGGAUUUAAAAGAUCGACUCCGGAUUAACCAAGUGAAAUUACAAGCCUUGCUUAAAAAGAAUCCAUUGGAUAACCAAAAGUGUGACGUAACAAAGGCUGAAGAAGAUUCUGAUAUUCCAUUUCAACCUGGUACACUUCGUCUUUCAGUAUUCCGCACAUCGCCGGAACAGCAAACAAAACAAUAUGAGAUAUCUCCAAAGUACGCCAGCGUUUUUGAAUCGUUCGUAAAACGUCGGCCACUUUCGGAGAGUUUCGCAACAACUCGUCCACUUUCGGAAAAUUUUGCGGCUAUCCGGGACCUCGAUAUCAAUUCAUCUUCCGAUGAAGAACUAACUGAUCCAAUACCGGAAUCACCUCUGAACCUAUCAGACGCAGAAAACAUGGCAUCUCCAGAUUCCCCGGGUUUCAUGAAUCGCCGUCGCAACAAGUUUGUGACACAGAAUAAUGACACCCGGCCAAAAUCACUUUACGAUUCUGCCAAGCCUCGACCACCCUCAAAGACGAAACGAUCCUCGAAAACGGAUAGCGUCGGUGGAAGAUUGGGACGCUUAAUGAACUUGCGUCCAUGGAAAAGCAGUGAACGGAAGCCUUCAGAUGUACACAAAAGCACGUACGAACGUUCCUUUGAACCUGUGCCUGUAUCGGAUGGCUGGUCCAACGUUGUCGGUCAAAAUCCGGAUUCUUCGAAUUCUGCAGUAAAUAGACUCCAACCACAUCCGCCUGCCACAAGUCCUACACGACCUAUUCCAGGUCCCAGGAAAAAGAGACACGCUCCUAAACCCCCGGAAAAUGUGGCACCUUAUGCACUAACGACCGAUGUUGGGUCGGACGUAAUAUCUACGCCCGAUCUAGACGUCGGUCACGGUAAUGAGAAUCCCGUUCUAGGAACAGAAGUAGCCACGCCCACACCAGAGCCCCGCCCUUCUAAUAUACCGUCCAUAUCCGAUUCGUCCACCUCGUCCUUUCAAAACAAUCCGAGCGAUGAGCAAAUGUCCACGGCAGACGUAACACCCACAAUACCUGUGGCGGACACAGUUAAACCAUUUGCAGAAGUCACUUUAGAAAGUUCAGUAACGACGCCCGAUCUGGCAGUCAAAGAUGCAGUGAUAAGUAGUAACUUAAUAGACGCUUCUCUUUCAGCGGAAGUAAAAAGACCUACAGAACCUUCUGCGCCACAGACUAAAAUACCUCAAAAAAGCGGAUCAAUUUCAUCAGAUAACAUUACAUUACCCACAGUAACGCCUCCUCCAAGGCAUGUAAAACUCAAAAAAUUAUCUCAAAGUUCCAGCAUUCCACCGAAUAUUAGCGACAACGAUGAAGUACAAAUCGAUGGGGGAUCGAUUCUACACAAAGCUGAAGAAACUACUAAUCAAAAACAUAUACAAUCAUUAGAUUCUACACCUCGAGAAUCGGCGUUUCCAGCCGUUGUAUCGGAAUCUAUAGAGAAAGUCGUUCACUCUGUCAUGCAAUAUUUAAUAGAACAGGUCCAGGAUGCCGUAUCGUCCUCACAGAAAAAUAAUACAAAGUCCUUUGGAAAGGAGUCAGCCAGUCGAGAAAACUUGCCUAUUCCGCAAGCAGCAGAAAUCCCCAUAGUUCCUGUAGAAGCUAAUAUGCAAGAAUCCGCAAAUGUGCAAAUUGAUGCAAGUGCAAUAGACACUAAUAACCAAUCUUUUGUGGGUGAUGACGUCACAUUGCCUGUAAAUCAUAGUGACGUAAUAAAGUCUUUUGAUGACGAAAUUCAUAGUACUGUUUCGCUUCGCGACAGUCCACGCGAUGAGAAACAACGCAAGAAAAAAACGCGGCGUCGAAAAAGUGCUGACAAUGCAAGUAGCGGGUACUCUAGUCCAGGCAGUGGUGACGAAGGGCCGAUUUCCCCAGAACCUCCUCCGUCAGUGACGUCAUUACCUUCGCCUACGUCAUCAUAUUAUUCUGCAUCACUAUCUGCUUCGUCCUCGAGAGUUAGCGAUUUAUCCAGGGAGUUGACUUUGGCAAAACCAGUCAUAAAAGCAGAAUACACAGACAAUGUACCACGUGACAAAAUUGCCAAGCGCGACGAAUCUCCUGUUGCCGAAUCAGCGGAUACAAAAGAACAAGAAAUCGCUGACCACGAAAAAUCAAAAAUAACUGAAGUUGAAACUAACAAUAAUGGAAAUACUAAAAUCCAGGAAGAAACGCCCGAAAAACCGACCGAAAAUAGUAAUCAUAGUGGCGAAAGUUCAGCGGAAUUAACCACCAAAACUGACAUCGAAAUAUCUGCGCUUGCCCAAGCGCGCGCAUACAAAGCCCUUCCGGAUAAACCAGUGCAGCUUCGACAGAAUCCGGGGACAAGAGUUCGUUCGAAAAGUGAAUAUAUCCCUUACAGUGAAGAUACGGAAGAAUGGCAACAUGAAAUAGGCAGAGUCAGUAUUUGUAUGAUUGAAAAGCCAGUGGAAACCACAGGGAGUUUAUCGAAGUCUCAAGCAAGACUAUACAAGCCAGCAUUGCAGAAAGGCAUCAAAGCACCAUCCAAAAAGAAGGCUUUGGCCGCGGCACAGAAGAGUCGGGCUUUUGCUAUGCGAGCAAAGCCACACUGGCAAAGACAUUCGUACGCUGAAUCCUCAACAAGUCCGUAUAUACUCGAAGGAGUGAAUUCAGAACCAACGGUCGCGAGUUCGAAUCUCGUCUCACACUUCGUUUCUACGCAAAACAUUUCUACAUAUUAUGACGGCAUAGAGCAAAGAACCGUCACGCCUCACGAGAUUUUAACUUCGAAACGAGAAGAAUUCUUCAACGCUUUUAAAAAUACGAAUAACAGAAACUCAGAACAUUUUGGCGGUUCGGUUAGACAUUUGCCUGUGAGUUCAAACGAGUUCGUUAAUGACGUCAUACACGAAGUCAGCGAAAUAGAUUCUCCGGUGAAAGCCGAGCAAGCAAAAAUCGCAAAUUUAGAGGAAUCAUCACUAACAACAACUAAAGAGACGCAUCAGGUUCAACGACAGCCCUCUGAAACGUCAUCAACAGACAGCAGUACUCAUUAUUCGAGCCAGAAUUCUUCUGUUUAUACGGGAUCGACGUGGUCACUCAGUGGAGAUAUGGCGUCACAAGCCCGUACUCGCAAACCGUCUCUUCGUCGCAGACUACAAGGAGCUUUCAGUUUUCAAAAUAUCAGGAAAGCCAUCAGCAUGGAAAAACUAAGUGAAUUAGAAGGAAAAAGAAGGUACGUCGGUUCUCACAUUACGAGCUUAUAGCAUUCGCUGUCUCAA